AUAUUCGUCAGUCGCAGUCGUUUUCCAAGAGGGUGGUUUAUAAUCUCUGGAUGUUACACGUUAUACACUAAUAGGAAAAGUUAUAUUUCUUUGAGAUAUAUUUUUGUAAACUAAGUAUUGGAGAAUCAUUGCAUUAUAAUUGGAAAGGAAAGUAGAUUCUUCAUUUGAGAUCAAAGACCCAAGCAGAAAAGGAAAAUUUGUUACACAGCUCACGUUAAUAAAUAUGAGUGAUAAGCAAAAAGUUCUCAUCUGUGGGGAUGUGGAAGGACAUUUUAAUUUUCUAUUCUCCAAAGUAGAUGCUAUUAAUAAGAAAAGUGGUCCAUUUGACUUUUUACUAUGUGUCGGCAGUUUCUUUGGCAAAGAUAAUGCUGAGUUGCAACCUUAUAUAUCUUGUGAAAAAACUAUCCCAGUUCCGACAUAUAUCAUAGGACCUAAUAGGGAAUUAGACUUGAAGCAUUAUACUGAUGGGGAUGGAUAUGAGAUGUGCCAAAAUCUAACCUAUCUUGGUAAACGUGGUCUUUAUACCGCCAGUUCGGGUCUCAAAAUAGCAUAUCUCAGUGGAAUUGAAGGGGUUACAAAUGAGAAUAGAUCUGUAUGCUUCAAUGAACAAGAUGUCGUAUCCAUUCAGAACAGUUGUUUAAAGGGUCAACCAAGUUUUCGUGGAGUAGAUAUCUUGUUAACAUCACCAUGGCCUGAAGGCAUCACCAACCUUGAUCCUAAUAAUCCGAAUUGCAAGUAUCAAGGUUCAAAAUUAAUUGCCUGGCUUACUACUCAUAUCAAACCUAGAUAUCAUGUAUCAGCUUUGGAAGGAAUAUAUUACGAACGACCACCAUAUAGAAAUCAAAGUCAGGGGGAAGGAAACAUAGAAAUUGCUACUAGGUUUAUUGCUCUGGCGCCGGUAAUGAACAUUCAUAAAAAGAAAUGGUUAUAUGCGCUGAAUCUGACUCCUGUUGAUCGAACCAGGCUGUCUGAUUUGGUUAUGAAGACCACAGAUGAGACACCAAGCCCUUUUCCUAGAUCUAUACUGUCUAACGAUCCUACGUCACAAAAGCAGAGUCACAUGCAAUUUUUCUAUGACAUGGACUCGAAGGAGAGCGAAAAAAGAUCACGGCACCAGAAUAAUGGUCCCAAUAAGAGGCCAAAGUUGGAAUUUGAUCAAUCAAAGUGCUGGUUCUGCUUGUCAAGCCCAGCAGUAUCCAAGCAUCUGGUCAUAUCGGUUGGCACGGAGAUCUAUUUGGCAUUAGCUAAAGGUGGUCUGGUGGAAGACCAUCUCCUGAUUUUGCCAAUAACACAUCAUCAGAGUCUAUCAAUUCUACCGAAAAACGUAAAGGAGGAGAUGGAUCUGUAUAAAAAGGCAGUAACCAAGUAUUAUGAGAGCACAGAUAGAGUACCUGUAUUUUUCGAGAGAAAUUUCAAAACUUCUCACUGUCAACUACAAACAGUGCCUGUUCAUAAAAAUCAAGCACCUGCACUGAAGGAGAUGUUUGAGGAAUUGGCCGAAUGUAAUAAUUUUAAAAUUUUGGAAUUACCACCACACACGGAUCUGCAGCAAAUAGCAAAACCUGGCGUCUUAUAUUUUUAUGCAGAACUACCGAGCGGAGAAAUGUUAUACUAUAGAAUUAAGAAAGAUUUCCCACUGCAAUUCGGUAGAGAAGUAUUAGCAUCCGACAGGAUAUUGGAUAUCAAUGACAGGUCCGAUUGGAAGGAUUGUCAUAUGAGUCAAGAUGAAGAAGUUGAGCUAGCAAAGAAAAUUAGGAGACAAUUUACCCCAUUUGAUAUAGAUACUUGAAAAAUUUCUCUGCUUUUUAUUAAAAGAUAAUGUAUAU